AUAUUCAAUCGAUUUCAAUGUAUUGUUAAAUGUUAUGUACAUACUCAAGCUCAAAUAAAUCUUAACAAAAAACUAAGAUGAAAUUAAAUGUGUUUUUUGAAACCUUUCUACAUAAUUGAAUAUUACGUGACGGCGCACGAUAAAAGUGUAAUAGUGAACUAAUUUUGUUUUCAAGCAGUGGAAAGAAACUGAUUAUGUCUACCUUAAUUCAAUCAUAUGAACAACAAUAUUCAGUUUUAACAGCGGAGAUCACGUCUAAAAUUGGUCGAUUAAAGUUGGGAAAUGACGAUAAUCCUGACAAAUUAUCGAGAGAGAUACAAUCAAGUUUUGAGGAAGCUAAUGAUUUGCUGGAGCAAUUAGAAUUGGAGUAUCGUGGUUCAGGUGUUGGGUCCAGGGUUGCUGCCUAUCGUGCUGAACUGCAGCGUGUUAGAGAUGAGUACCGCUCGGUGAUUAGCAAUUCUGCAGCUUACAAUAUUGAUCCUGAUGAUUACGAUGACUGGUCGACAGUUAAUGAGCAAAAUCAAAAGCUAUUGAACAAUUCUGAGAGGCUGGAACGGUCUGGCAAAAACCUGACUGAAGGCUAUCGUAUCAUUCUGGAAACAGAACAAAUUGGCAAUGCAGUUUUGCAGGACUUACAUCAUCAAAGGGAAACUUUACACAGGACGAGGGCAAGGUUACGAGAAACAGAUGCAGACCUAAACCGGUCCACUCGUCUGGUGAAGGGAAUGAUGAUGAGGGCGAUACAGCACAAGGUUAUAUUGGCAUCAGUGGUGGGUGUGAUGACAGUGUUAGGAGUAAUUGGAAUAUACUUUUACGUCACGUAGCUGCGCAUGCCAGGGUCGCCUUGUUUGACUACACAUCAUCGUACCUGAUUCACCAAGCGUUCCGAUAUUCUGAUGAAAUGAAAUUUAUUUGCACUUUAUUCAAACACAAACAGGUAGUAAACAAAUGUAGAGUUUUGAUAAACUAGUCGAUAAGUAUAUGUAAUUAAAGGGAAGACAUAUUAUAAAUUGUACCAAAGCCAUGCUUUAUAGUCUGUGCUGUAGACAGACGUGAUAAAUGACAGCUGGGCUUAAGUGUUGCCAGUGCAAUUUUACACGAUGGCGUAUGGAAAAAUAAGAUUACCUCGUGUCUACUUUAAUGUUUAACUAGCGCAUAUAAGAUAUAAUUGUGUGAUAUUUAUGUAAAUAAAAGUCGUUUAAAAUAUAUUGCAAUUAUGUUGUAUUGCACCUAGUCAGUAUUGAUUGUAGACAUUAGAUAGGAUAUUGCAAUUUUUAUAAAAAUUAUUUUUUAUUAUCAUCUAUCAAAAAAGGAAUAUUUAUUAUUUUGUCCAAGGAAUGUAUAAAGGUAAGGUUAGGUAUCAAAAACCUUAAACCAAUUUUAGUUUAUAAGAUUGUCAAAUGUCAAACUUAAUUGAAAAAUAGUCACUUUGAAUAAAGCUUUAGUUGGAAUUUUAAACACGCUAAAUAUAGUGUCUGUUCCACAAAUCAGCACUGCGGAUAGUUAAUAUUAAUAUUGUAUCGACUUUAGUAUUAAUAAUAUGAUACGAGAAAUUUAAUGCCUGACUGUACUAGUAUUUAAAUAGAAAAAUUUACUGAGAAACGUAUAUAAUAAAUUAUUGUUCACUGCAA